AUGGCGCAAAUCUCUCUCAAGGAUAAGGUUGUAAUUAUUACUGGUUCAGGUGGUGGUUUAGGAAAAGUCUAUGCACUUCAGUUUGCUUCAAGAGGUGCUAAAGUUGUUGUUAAUGAUCUUGGUGGUACUUUAAGUGGUUCUGGCGGCUCAACAAAGGCGGCCGACGUGGUUGUGGAGGAGAUCAGGAGAAAUGGAGGUGUGGCUGUUGCAAAUUAUGAUAAUUUGGUUACGAAUCCGCAGGGAAUCUUGCAGACCGCAUUGGAUAGUUUUGGAACUGUUGAUAUUUUAAUCAACAAUGCUGGAAUUUUGAAAGACGCAAGUUUCAAAAAGAUGACAGAGAAACAGUUUACGGAUGUUUUGGACGUGCACCUAAAUGGUGCCUUUAAAUUGACCAAACUAUGUUGGGAAAUCUUUAAAAAUAAAAACUAUGGUAGAAUUAUCAUGACUGCCUCACCAGCUGGGUUAUAUGGUAACUUUGGUCAGGCAAACUACUCGUGUGCCAAAUUGGCACUUGUUGGGUUUGGUGAAACUUUGGCCAAGGAAGGACUCAAAUACAAUAUAAAAACUAAUAUUAUAUCUCUUUUAGCAAGAUCAAGAAUGACUGAAACAGUUUUACCUCCUGAUGUCUUGGAAAAAUUAUCGCCCGAAAAAAUAGCACCAUUGGUUCUAUUAUUAAUUUCGGAGCAAUGUCCAUCCACAGGCUCUAUUUAUGAAGUUGCGGCUGGAAUGUUUGCACAAAUUAAAUGGCAAAGAUCAAAAGGCUUAUAUCUGAAUCCAAAAAGCGAUACUUUUACACCAGAAGCUAUUCUUAAUAGGUUUACUGAGAUUUUUAAUUUUAAGGAAGGAUUUGAUUAUCCAACCAUGCUAAAGGAUUACAACAAGGUUUGGGAGAUUACCUCUAAAUUAAAACCAAACAAUCAAGGAUCCACCAAAAUUAAUUCAAUUAAAGGCAAAGUUGUCAUUGUUACUGGUUCUGGUAGUGGUUUAGGUAAAUCCCAUGCCCUUUGGUUUGCAAGAUAUGGAGCAAAAGUUGUGGUGAAUGAUUUCAAUGAUCCAAAUCCCGUUGUUGAAGAAAUAAAAAGGUUGGGUGGAAAAGCAGUUGGUUCUAAACAUGAUGUAUAUUCGCAAGCUGAAGACAUUGUUAAAACUGCGAUUGAUUCCUUUGGUACAGUUGAUAUCUUGAUCAACAAUGCAGGAAUAUUGAGAGAUCGAUCAUUCAUCAAGAUGUCCGAAAGGGAAUGGAACCAAGUGAUUCAAAUUCAUGUGUUAGCCACAUAUAGGUUGUGCAAAUUGGUCUGGCCAAUAUUUACCGACAAAAAAUCAGGUUUUAUUGUGAAUACAACAUCAACAUCAGGUAUUUAUGGUAAUUUUGGUCAGGCUAAUUAUGCUUCUGCAAAGGCUGGUAUAUUAGCGUUUACAAGGACUUUGGCCAUUGAAGGUAAAAAGAUAGGUAUUAAAUGUAAUGCCAUUGCUCCACAUGCUGAAACUGCAAUGACCAAGACGAUAUUUAAAGAAAAUGAACUUAAUAAGUUUUCAACUUCGCAGGUAUCUCCCAUAGUUGUGCUAUUGUGUGCCGAGGAAAAUGGUGGUUUGACUGGAGAGUUAUUUGAGGUUGGGGCUGGUUGGAUUGGCAACACUAGAUGGCAAAGAGCCAAAGGUGCUGUUUCUCAAGAUGAAAAUAUUACACCUGAAUUUAUUCAAGAACAUUGGAAUGAGGUUAUUGACUUUAGUAAUCCAAUUACCUUGAAAUCUGCAGAAGAAUCAUCAGUAGCUAUUUUACAAGCAGUUGGUGAUGAUGAAGAAGAAGAAGAAGAUGAUGAUGAGAAGGAGGAGAUGGAAAAAGAUGAUGAAGAUGAAGAUGAAGAACACGGUGAUACAGAAGAAGGAGUUUACACGUAUGAUCAAUAUAAACUCAUUCUUUAUAAUAUCUCUGUUGGUGCCACUAGUAAAGAACUCAAAUAUGUCUAUGAGUCUAAUAGUAAUUUCCAAGCAAUUCCUACAUUUGGGGUUAUUCCUUUUAUGAGUGGGGAUGAUGGUGGAUUGAAUUUCGACGAUAUUAUUGAGAACUACAACCCUAUGAAACUAUUACAUGGCGAACAUUACCUCAAGAUCAACAAAUUUCCAAUUCCCACCAGCGGCAAGUUGAAGACUAAGUCUUUCCCACUUGAAGCACGUAAUAAAGGCAAGAAAAGCGUUUUAUUGCGUUCCGGUUAUAAAACAUACGAAAAAGAUGGAGAUUUACUAUUUACCAACGUCGGGUCAUACUUCAUUAGAGAUGGCCAAACCCAAAGCGGUAAGGACGAAAUUUUUUCAAAAGAAGCAGAAGGCAUAUCAAACUUCUACCUAAAAGAUUUUGAAGCGGCUGGUCCACCUGAUUUUGAGGGGCAAUUCAAAACAGAUGAAAACCAAGCUGUUCUUUAUCGCCUCAAUGCAGAUUAUAAUCCCCUACAUGUAGAUCCGGCUUUUGCUAAAGGUGGUAAUUUUGAUAAACCUAUUUUGCAUGGACUUUGUUUCUUCGGUAUUAGUGCAAAAGUACUAAUGGAUCACUAUGGUUUAUUUGAUGAAAUUAAGGCUAGAUUUACUAGUUUCGUUUACCCUGGCGAGACGUUGAAAAUUCUAGCUUGGAGAUCAGGAAACCUCGUUAAAUUUCAAACCUGGUGUGUUGAAAGAAACACAAAGGUUAUUGAUUUUGCAGCAAUUAAAUUGGUCGGUGGUGGAAUCCCAUCCAAAUUAUAG